CUGCUGUCGUGAAAGUCGUACAGCUGCAUCACUGCCGUAUUCUGCGGACGCAAUCACAGCUGAGGAGCAAGAUGUCGGACAGCUGGCGCCUGGCUUGUGACACCUACCAGCUCGCUGUCACCGCCUCGGAGGUGGAAUCCCGGACUGACCCGGAGAAUGAGCCCUACCGCUCCAAGUACCGGGCCCGGGAGCUGCUGCGGGAGGUGCGGGCUCUGCUGCGGCCCCGGGAGGAGGAGGAUGACAGCAGCGGGCGGCGGCAGGAGGAGACCGGGGACCGGCAGGAGGGGGAGGAGGACCGGCUCCUAGCGGCCCGGCUCGGGGUGAUCGAGUACAAACUCGGGGUCAAUCACACGGAGACAGAGGAGAUGUCCGCCGGAGAGGAGCAUCUGGUGAAAUGCGGGAGGAUCCUGGAGAGAUACCGGCUGUCAGAGGACUGUGUGUCCGCCUACAUCCAGGCACAGAAUAAUCUUGGAAUUCUCUGGGCUGACAGAGGUGAAAUAAUUGUGGCACAGACAUACUUAGAAUCUGCAGAAUCCUUAUAUUUCCAAUACAUGAAAGAGAUUGGCAAACCUCCAAUGGAUCCUGAUGAUCAUUUCUUAUCUGAAGAAAAAAAGCUGACUGAACAAGAGAGAUCUAAGAGGUUUGAGAGGGUGUACACCCAUACACUUUACUAUUUAGCACAAGUCUACAAACAUCUAAAACAGGAUGAAAAGUCAGCUCAGUAUUGUCACACUACUUUGCAGAGACAACUGGAGUACGAUGGAUACAGCCCUGUUGAGUGGGCAAUCAAUGCUGCCACAUUAUCUCAAUAUUAUCUUGCAAAGCAAUGUUACAUGGAAUCCAGACACUGCCUUGCAGCAGCAAAUAUCAUCUUUAGCAAAGCAGAACAAGUGGUUUCCCCAGAGACGACAAAAGAAAAUGAAAGUGAACAGGAUCGUAUAGAGUUUCUUGGGCAGAAGAAGGCAGAAAUUGCCAGAUGUUGGGUUAAAUACUGUCUCAAUUUAUUGCAAGACUCACGUAAAAGUCUUGAGGAUAACAUUGGAGAACUUGAUGUUGACAUUCAGGAUGAACUUAAAGCCCAGAGACGAAAAGAAGAGGAUGAAAAAGAGAGAGGUCGGAAGAAGGCAGUUCUCUUUGGAUCAAGUGAUAUAUAUGAUUCCAUACUUGCUGUAGAAGAAAAAGUUGACUGUUGUUAUCCGCUAGAUUUCAAAGAAGCAAGAGAGGUUUUCCUAAUUGGACAGAAUUAUGUCAAUGAGGCAAAGGAAUUUUUUCAGCUAGAUGGUCAUGUAACUGACCACAUUGAGAUAAUCCGGGACCACAGCGCACUCUUUAAGGUUCUUGCUUUUUUUGAGGAUGAUUAUGAAAGGCGCUGUAAAAUGCACAAACGCAGAGUAGAUAUGUUAGAGCCUAUGUGCAAAGAGUUGAAUCCACAAUACUAUCUUCUAGUAUGCAGACAGCUUCAGUUUGAGCUAGCUGACACUUAUUAUGAGAUGAUGGAUUUGAAAGUAGCAAUUGGCAACAAACUAGAUGAGUUGGAUUCUCACACAAUUAAAAAGAUCAAUACUCUAGCACAGUCAGCAAUUGAUUACUAUGAAAUGUUUUUGGACUCCUUGAGAAGCCCAGAUAAAAAGUUCCCGGAGAAGCUUGAUGAGGACGUUCUCCGUCCUGCCUUGGUGGCCAAGUUUCACAUUGCGCGUCUUUAUGGAAAACUUAUUUGUACAGAUCAAAAGAAACAGCUGCAAAAUAUGCAGACCUCUUUGAAUUACUACUUAUUUAUUGUAGAAUACUGUGAAAGAUAUGAAGACGCCAUCAAAUCAGUUGAAACAGAGUUGGAACUUAGUAAGGAAAUGGUGGCUUUACUCCCUACACGUAUGGAGAGGUUAAGAGCCAGAUUAACAUCCUUCUAAAUUCUAGGCAUAAAAUGUGCUUUUGUGUUUAUUUUACUAAUACAUUUCAUGCUAUAUUUAUUAUUAUUUAGGAUUCCCUCCAUGAAACAUGCACCUGCAAGUAUUGAUUUUGACAGUAAAUGUGUUCUUGGACAACGAAUAAACCCAAUGACAGAGGUUGGGAUUGUUUUGUUGUUUUUCUAGAGAGGAAGAAGAUGCAGAACAAUUCAGAAUAUUGAGAAUUCUAACUGCUGACCUCCGUCAGAACAUCCCUGAACAUUUGAGCAAGCUGUGUGAAAGUACUAAAGGUAUAAGGCAGUCAGAUAGCUGUGUGCGUCAUACAUCGUCUCUUUGUGAGACCUGACCUCCCACAGGAUACUCUGUAGACCUCAGUGUUGUUCUCUUGUGGAUACAUAUUUUUGAAUCUUUUUUUUUUUUUUUUUUAGUGUUGCAGUUUAUUUAGGUGACUGGUUAACAAACCGAUCUGGAAUUGUCUCCCCAGUGUUAUAAAUCUCUGAAUCAUCUACUGGGAGAAUCAUUGUCAGCAAAUUGAGAUAUUUCAAUACAAAUAAUUCUUUUGAACUGUAGGAAACAAAGUUGUUAAUUUAGACAAAAUAAAUUAAUUUGAUGGCAAAUGGGGUGUAACAAGAAAUAUACAUGUUUUCCAAGUCCCAGUAAACACAACUGUUUUAUCCUGGCCAUUUUCAAUAAUGUUCAAAAUCUACAUACUUUCCACUUAAUGAUACACCUUGUCCGAACAGUCAGGGUUAUAAAAUAAAAAGUGCAUUUUACAUUUUAGGCUUGUGUAGCAGAACGUGACGCAUAGCUGAGAAUUUUUAACAUUUCAGAUAUCUUUGCCUUAAAGGUGAAAUUAAUUGUCAAUGCGCCUUGACUUCUCACUUUGUGCAAUUCACUGCAUUUAGAAUUUACCCAUUAAACCCCUUAGAGGUGGGGGAGGGGGUGUAGUCAUUUUUCUAUAGGUCGUAGGGGUCCUGUAUUUAGAGUCACAUAUGCACAAGCUUGUGCUUUGCCAUAUUUAUGAAAGGCUAGACCUGUAAAUAAUGUAAAUACUAUUGUGUUGGUAAUAGUCCUACCUCUCUACACUUUAUUUGCUGUCUCAAACAAUAUAUAUGGUAACAGCAUAUAGGCACCAUUUGGCCCAUCUAAUCAAACCAUGUUGAAACUUUAUUUUGCAAAUUUAUUUCAUGUGAAAGCCUUAUUCAUUUCUUAAAGGACCACUAUAGGCACCCAGACCACUUCAGCUCAAUGAAGGGGUCUGGGUGCCAGGUCCAUCUAGGGUUAACCCU